AUGGAGCGCGGAGCAGGGCAUGACCCCGAUUCGUUCUAUGUCCAGGACUGUCGACAGGCGCAGAACAACACUCACACCAUCCAGACUCUGACGGGCCAGAUAUCCAGGCUAGUUGGGGCGGGCGGUGCUGAGAAGGACUUGGACCGUUGCCGCAAGAUGGUGGAUGACGCCGUGAAGACGGCGACAGAGACCCGCGCGAUCCUUGCGCGGAUACGGGAGCACCAGAAACAGGCCCAGAAUCCGUCCGAGCGGAACAACCGGCGGAUGAUGUACCAGAAGCUCAGCGACAACCUCGCAAUCACGGCCCGGGUGCUCGAGGACGUCGUCCGCCGCUUCACCGCAGAGGAGCGGCGGCAUUUCGAGGCCCGCAGGACCGCCGGCGGCCUCGGCCUUGAUAGGCCCGCCGAGCCUGGGGCGGGGGUCCCCGCUGGCGACGCUGCUGGCGGUGACGAGCAGCAGGCCUUCGGGGCGCCCAGGGAUGCAGAUCUAUACGCGCCGAAGGUGAUGGUCGACGACGAGGCUUUGGAGGAGGACCGCUGCAGGGUGCUGAGGGGGGCGUGUGAGGAGGUGCAGUGCUUGCAGCGUAUCUACACGGACCUACAGAAUUCGGUCGAGGAGCAGCAGGAUUCUUUGGACACGCUCGAGACCCAUCUCGCAGCGGCUGCUACUGACGUUGAGCGAGGUCGUGAGGAGAUCGAGUACGCGACUAGGUACGCUGGCAGGUACGCAUGGCUCCGGCACAGGAUGUGGGCCCUGGCGGGGGGCUCGCUGACCGUUGUGGCGGCUUUGGCGUUCCUGACCUCGAACUGA